AUGAGUACCGAGCCCUUACCGGAGCCACCACCACAAAUGCUCGAGCCCCCGGUCAUGCCCGGGAACGAGGAAUCUUCCGCGUCACCCGACAUAGGCUCAUCGCCAACUUCGGACGAAUGCUCAAACUUCGAAGAAGCUUCAGAUGCCCUCGAGGAAACCGAAAAUUCGCCCAGAGACGAGUCGAAUCAAGAUGUAGCCAGAAGCGAGGAAGCCGAUCAACGAUUGAAUCUUGAAGACGAAGAGUCAGAGGCGGAUCAGGGGAAUCUGUUCUCACCGGAGGACCUACCAGACGUGAUCGAUCCAUCUCUCUUGGACUUCGGUCAAGACCCGGAACUCGAGGAUGAAUUGCUCAGAUGCAUCCGGCUCGCCUCCUCGAAAGAAAAUGCUCGUUUUUCUUCCAGACAACAAGCCGCUCGCUCGUUGGCGCAAUGCUUGUUCGACCUCGGUCAGAACUGCACGGAGCAGCAGAUGCUCAUGCUGUGGAAAAUGAUCGAGCAGCUGACGCAGGACAGCGAACCUGGAGUCCGUCUUGAAUUAUUGGAACACCUCAGCCUGCUUUCGGGAAUAUGCUUGAACAGACAAGAUCACAUGAGAGCGUUUGGCGACGCAAACAGAAGGUUCCCGAUGCCCCCGAAACCUCUGCUUGUCCGUCUGCACCGUCGAUGCAUCAUCCCGUCUUUGACGGUUCUCAUGUUGGACCGGGUGAUCCAAGUACGGAAAACAUCGCACUUGGUGCUCUUCAGAAUGCUCGAAUGCCGACUGCUCGCUCCACCUGGAAUCUGUAAGGAGAUCCUGCCCACAGUUCUGCAACUGGCGAGGAUUUCUGGUGUCGACCACUCGGUCAACGGAGAAUUCCAAGAUCAGCGUCAGGAAGCCGCGACGAUUUUGGCCAAACUGAUCCAGUUCGUCGAUAAGAAUCCGGCCCAAAAACAUUUGCUUCCCCCGUUCCUGAAGCUCUGCAACGACCCAUCGUUCAACGUUCGUCGAGCUUGCGCUGUUGCCAUGGUCGACCUGUGCCAAGUACUUGACGCACAGUGCAUACAGGAGAGUCUUUUAACGACGUUCCUGUCGCUAUGCGACGAUGACGCGUGGUCCGUGCGUAAGGCUUGCACCGAGUCGUUCAUGGCCAUAUCUUGUGUGGUGGAUCCAAAACUACGGUUGGAGGCGCUCGCGCCUCGUUUCCUUUGUUUGCUCCGAGAUUCUGCCAAAUGGGUCGUGGCAGCGGCUUAUCAGAACCUCGGUCCCUUUAUCUCGACGUUCGCAGACCCGAAACGAACCGGGCUCGAGCUGCUCAGGCCCGACGGGGUGGCGCAGGAGGCGGCCGUCCGCAGGACGUCCGAUUACGCGGCGCCGAUUCACGACAAAGACAUCAACAUACUCAGCGAAGACAUCCGAGAUCUCUCGAUUUCCGAAAGUGCUUUCUCCUCCAUCGUGACGGCCGCCCUAGACCCGGGCGGCGGCGACGACGACACGAACAACAACGGCUCGUCGAACGACCGAAUAACGAAGAACCACCUCUUGAACAACAAUAACAAUAAGACGCUCAACAGUAGCAGUAGUAGUAGUAGUAGCAGCAGCAACAACAAUAAUAAUAACAACACGGAAACCGACAUCAACUUCAACAGCUUUAUGUUUUGGCGAUCACCUCUGCCCGAAGUCGAAGAGCUCACGCUCGCUGGGAACAAGCUCACCGACGAAAACGAGCGAGACUUACGUAAUAACGCCGGAAGACGCUACAGCAAUCUCUACGAAUUGAACCCGUCGAUAGAGAGACGGCUGAGCAAGUACUCAAACGAUCAGCCGACCGAAUCGGCUUUGUUCAAGAUAGAUAUCGAAGAAUUAUUCUCAUCGAUGGAGAGCGAGUCGAGCUCACGAAUCGUGUCGGACACCGAUGUGUCCGAAUGCGGGAUUCCUACGCUUCUUUUGGAGCAUUUCAAACAGAUGCUCGAGCCAACGCUAUCCCGGACUGUAGACUGUCUCGAUCUGCCUCGCAAUUGCGCCUACUCGUUGCCUGCCGUGGCACUUGCCCUUGGACCGGAGCACUGGGAGGAGCAUCUCCGAGACUUAUUGCUCAAGCUCAGCAGCAACGUUCAAUGGAAGGUACGUCAUUCGGUGGCGUCGAGUCUCCACAGUCUUGUCAUCAUCGUCGGAGAUCGAGAUUCGGUCAAGUACCUGAUUCCCAUGUUCAACGCGUUCUGCCGCGACGUCGACGAGGUCAGACUGCCGUUAUUACGCAACCUCAACCAAAUCUGCGCUCAUCUCGAACCGAAGUCCAGAUUGCUUCUGCUGCAAUCGCUGUCGGAGUUCACUCGCAGUGAGAACGAUCGCAUGUGGAGACUUCGGGAUGAGCUCGCCAAUCAGAUAUGCUUGAUCGCCGGUUACUACCGAUGGGAGGAACGCCUUCGUUGCUUGUUGCCCAUUUUGGUGAAACUUCUGCAAGACAAAGUUGCUCAAGUCCGGUCUUCUGCCGCCGCGUGCUUCGGCCCGCUCAUCUGGAGCUCGAAUGUCCACGACACGAGCAGCGACAAGAAGAGCGACGCGGAAGAAGCCGGGAAAGAAAAUACGGUCCCUCCCCCGAACACUAAGUAUCGCGGGAUCUCGAGUCUAUUCGAAGCUCUCGACAUCACCCUCCAGCUCCUUCGUCUGCUGUACGUCGACAACAAAUGGGUGAAGUGGCAGCAUCGACAAACGUUCGCACGGUUGCUGUCCUCUAUCGUAGAAGGAGUUCCGUACGAAUCUGAUUUGCUCGAGGGAGCCGACGAGACAAAAGUUCAACGCGCCACCGAGGAUAUCGGGAGCAUCUGUCCUCAAUGCGUAGGCUUGCGAAACAUGGCCAUCGUAAACAAGCUCAUCAGGAAAGAACUCUUCUCCCUGUUGGAGAACCGAGUUCCCAACGUACGUCUCGAAGGAGCGAAACUCCUAUCGAAGAUGACAACUCGAUGCGCCAAAAUCGUCUCGAUGCACAAACAGAGCUGCGAGCCGUGUCGGACAAAGCUCUCCGAAGCCGCUCAAACAGUCGCUCAUUUGAGACCGCCGAGGCGGACUCAUCGUCGGAGGAGGACCACGCAACCUCCACUAAAACUCUGUAGUUUCGAUGAAGACUGGGAAACCGACACCGAGGCCUCGACGCCGAAGAAGGAGACCACCAUAGCCGCUGCCGUUGAGAUCGAAGAAUCUGUCUCGACCACCCCCUCGACCGAUGGAGAGAAAUCAUCAACCGAAAACGAGACGAAUAUUCAGCCUGAAGAGAAACCCGGACCGACAGAAGAAGACGAAAAACCCAAUCAAGAGAGGAGUUCGGACAGUGAUUCUAGCCAAGAGAACGGUCGGAAGCGAUGUGAGCUGCUCGCAACGUUGGGACUCACGGAACUCCCAGCUGCGUUCGCGAUUCUCCUCGACGACCUAGAUGAAGACGUUUGCAGAGUUGCCAAAGACGCCGUCAAUUUCUUCGCCCAAGAACAAAAGGUGGAAUGAACGACACCCGAGGACCGCAGCCGAGAGUAUAGCGAUUCCGAGGAGCGGAUAUUGUCGAUUAUGAACCCACAAAGAUUAUCAGAAUAUUCAUCCAUCCGGCGGAUCCUCGCAUCUCGCUGGGGAUGUUUCUCUCCUACCGCGAGAACUACGGGCUCGAUCAGUUGCCACAUCGGUCUCGGCUCUCGUCGAUAUCUGCACCAAAAACGAUUGAUUGUUUGAGUUUCGCGAGACUACCGCUCCAUAGCAGUUCCCUUCCUCCUCAUUUCAUUCUCGAUAGCGCUGAAAAUUUCUCCUCAACGCUAUCCGGGGCCAAAGUCGACGCCGGCACGCCGAAACCUACUUCCAAUCGCCUGAAAUUACCGAGUGAAUCAUUUAGCCGCACCAUCGUAUGGCGCUUAUGGCGCCCUCGAGUCUCGACACUUACCCUACUUUCUGGGAAGUCAAUGUCGUCUGCACAAGCAGACGUUGGGACUUACUCAAGUUCUUCCCUCUGUCCCUUGGAGCAGCAGGAGCGAGAAUAAAUCAUUAGACGCAUUGAAAACCAAUAUAUUCACGGCGACGGUGACAACGCAGCAGUGAACGUCGUAACGUACACGGUAGAUAGCCAAAUGCGUGCAACGGUUCCAGCCCGGGAGGGACUGGCGAGUAUUUUGUGAUAUGGACACUGAGACAAUUGAACCGAGUUGGAGGAGAGAGUCCUCUGAAACAAGAUCUGACUGUGUGUUGCAGGAACGACUGCACGCCAGGAGGACGUUUCUUUCAUGAUCGAUACUGUAGCUAUUCGAUACCACUGUGAAGAAAAGAACCUAUUCUCUUAUAUCGAACCACAAGCGAAGCAAUCAACGAAGUU